UAAUAGUAUUGAUACUUGUAAAUAAGUCAUUUGGAAAUUUUUUAUGUUCAACAGUUAAUGUUGAACUUUAUGUAAAACGAAAGAGUUUCUCCUCAAUUAACUCUGUCAUCUUUGUAAGUUUUUUGAAGUUUAGUUGAAAAGAAGAUGAGUUAUGAAAAGUUCUAGACUAAUUUUAGGAAAAGUUUUUUAAAAGUUUUGUGCUAACUGUCAGAUGCGCUUUCCACUAAAUUCUGCUCAACCGUCAAUCGUCAACCUGUCGCCGCCCACAAUUUUCCUUCCGCUCAUUAGGCGGCUCCCAAAGGAAAAGAAAAAUCCCAGGCGGAAAGAAAGAAUCGCAGGCUUGAGGCUUUUUCUAUUUUGUCACGCUUUUCGGUUUUUCUCGCAUCCUGCUGCACACGCAGUUUCGCAUUUUUCUAUGCAACGUCACCGACGACGUCACUAAAGCGGAAAUGAGAGCCUGCGCUCUGCAUCCUGCGCGCUCUUUAUCCAUUUUGACCUCUCUCUCUCUCUCUGUUAAGUUUUUCGUUCUUAACAUUCACUUAACACCAUUUUUAUAGCAGCCCGAUUAUUUUGUUCUUUUUUUUUAAUUUCGCAUGGCCUUUUUUUCAGUGUAUUUUUUUUUUGAUUUUUUCUUACAGCUUUUUAUGGUUUUUCAGCGGGUUUUGCUACUUUUUUGUUGUUGGUCUUUGUGUGUAAAUUACUCGAUAGCCUUUUUGAGUGCAACGUGAUUUUGAUGUUUCCUUUUGCAGUUUCCUUGUUGUUUUCACUUCUUGGUGCAUGUUUGAAGACUUUUUGGGUCCUUGAGUUUGUUUAUCUGGUUAGAUUGGGAUAUGAAAGGUGUGUUAGGUAAACGAGGCGGUGGCUUCAUUUGUUUAGGGGUUAAGUGCAUUCUUUUGUUUACCUCUGUGGUUAUUGCAUUAGUCCUGAUUGUCAGUCAAGCCCUCCAUUAACCUUAAUUUUGACGAACCUUGCAGUUAUUUAAAGGUAUCAAUUAUCUUAAUAGAAAUAUGUCUAUUUGAAACAAUUAAAACAUUUUUAAUACCUUUUGUCUUUAUCAAAAGGUCAUAAAUACCUGCCACUCACUUAUGCGUGCCGAAAUAUUUAGUGUAUUUCAACUUUAUUUUUAACACCUGGAAUUUGAGAUUCCUUGUGCAUGGUUAGCAUUCUAGAACCAUCUCGAUUCGGGCAUUUCCUGCGACCUGCGAGGGCAGCGAAUGUCUUUGGGCACUUGGCAGGCUCCUUUGGCUCCUAGUGUUCCCCUUUUAGCCACUACUUUCUCCACCUUUAUCCCUGUGGAUUUUACCCUUAAGCUGUUCCUUGCUUUUGCAUUCCAUAAACCACAAAGUAUGAGUAAGCACUUAACCCUUUCUUUGCACGCCGCUUUCUCUUACCCCUUUCUCCGCUCUCUCCCUCUCUCUAUUUUGCUCUCUUGCAUUCCUGACACGCAUUGCAAGUCUAACCUUUCACAUUUAUGCGGUGCACACGCCCAGUUGCCGCCCCUUUUUCUGUUCCAGUUAGUUUUAUUCAAUUUUUGCGCUAUUUUUACAGAUGCAAUUUUACAGCGGAAGCGAGGAAAUCGAGACAACCAUGGAGAAAGUUGGAGAGAGGGGUGGGGAAUUCGAAAGAGGGGGCUCGAAGGGGUGAAGUGUGUGUGUGUGUGUGCGGAGAAAGGAGGCUGCCUAAGUGCUUCGCCCAUUAAAGUAUGCAAUCAUUUUGCGGUUAGUUGCCCUUGUCUUCCUGCCACUUGAAUCACCCCUUCAACGCCACUCCUAUCUUUUCCAUUUUCCACUUUCCCUACACCCUUUUCCCUUUAGCAAUUUUCGUGCCUUCGCAGCUGCAUAAAUUUCGCCGCUGGCAUUUGCUUUUAACCAAUUUGCUAAUCCGUUCGCCACUUUCUUGACAGCAUUAACAAUUUUCACGGUUUGUUCACGGUUAUUAACAACUUUAUUAUAUAUGGUAGCUAAAUCUGCAAUGCUUUCCACUUAUUUAAAGACUCAUGGACAUGAUUUCGUUUGGUUAAAAUCAUCUUAAUUCAUUGAACUUUUCAAAAAACAUUUCGACAAAAAACUCAUUUGAUUUCUGACAUUUGUGCCAUAUUUUUUGUUUUGCCUUUUUCUCUGGGCCAAGUUCAUUCAUAAACAAAUUAGUGAAAUUUCGUCUAGCUCUUUUUCUUCUUUUUCUAAGUCUACGCCCCCACAAUUAAAUCGAAAACACAACGUUCCCACCUUCCACAGUUCUACUCCUCCGAUCUUAGAAAGAAAACCCGUAGAAGCUACGUAUAAAUAAAUAAAUAAACAAGCGUUUAAUUGAACCGGAAAUUAUUGUGUGUGGGUUGUAUGAUUGCUUGUGUGUGUGUGAGUGUGGUUCUUAUUGGAAUUUGUUGUUCACUUUUAUUUAGUUUUAUCCCACAGAUUUUGUUGUUUGUUCGCAUUGCGUUUUAGUUCUCCAACUUGUUUGCCCAGUUGGUUUAUCGUGGCUGGAAAGAGAGGGGUGUACUAGUUGUGAAAGAGAAGGAGACAUGUGUGCCAGAGAAGAUUUCUUGCUUUCGGGCAACAAAAACAUAUACACUCUUUUGAUUAGUUCUAUUCUUAGUUAUGGUAACAAGUGCCACAGAUUUAAGCUGACACAGGAUUAUGCAGUUAGGUUUUUGGAAUAUUUAUCGUUUGACUUACGCUAUAAUCUUGUAUUAGAAUUUAUACAAUCAGUUUCUAUGCUGUUAUUUUAAGCUGAUGAUUAGGCUACCUACUAUUCACUUAAAAUAAACAUGUCAAGAGCUUUACAGAGAAUUCGGCAAUCAUCGUUUACAUUAGAAAUUGGGACUUCCCAUCUGAAUUCCAUUAAUAUGCAACCCUUCACAUUAGCGUGAUGUUUUGAAUUUCCUUUUAUGGGUGUGUAUCUGUUCUUGCACGUAUCUGUGUGUCUGCUUAGUGUAUCUUGCAGCACAUUGUAGUAAAUUAUACUUGACAGUCGUUGCAUGUUCGACUUGCGAUACUCGACAGUUUCCACUUCCAUUAAUGGCUACUCAGCCACGCCUCCCACUUGUUGAAUUAAAUAUAAUUCGAUGUUAUUUAUUUGACUUGAGAAAUUCGAGUAGCUAUCUUCGCUGGAUAAUCUGGUAUCUCAACAUCGUAAUUACUCACUGAGAAGCUAUAAAAUAUCCUGUGGACAUCGAAAUACAAUUCAGUACCGCCAAAAUGUCUCGCAUUGUGACAGCUUUCAAUAAAACGGUUGUCGAAUAUUUUCGAAAAACAAGUCUCAACGGCUUCGGCCUGCUGUAUUUUAUAAGAAAACGCAGAAUUCAAAGAAUAUUCUGGUUUUUGUUUAUUAGCUUUGGCAUACUUUUCGCUAGUUAUGCAGUGUUCUCAAUGAUUCUGGAAUUCCUCAGCUACUCAACAAUUGCAGAUCUCUCGGAAUUAAAAGUUUUGGAAGAUGAAACACAUUUUCCAGAGCUAAAAAUAUGUAGUGGUUAUAAGUUUAGUCACAAGAAUAUGUUAGCUUCUGCUCAUGACUUAGUUAAUUCUCCAAAAAAAUCGCUUGAUUUCUGGCUACAAAAACUAGCAUUGCUCUCUGGAUACUUUGAUCCUUUUUCUGUGAAAGAAGAGGAUGUUGAUGAUAUUAAUUUUUUACUUGAUAUAAAGAAUAUUUCUUCCUUUUUACUUGGCUUAACACCAGCAUGUGAAUCUUUGAUACUCAGGUGUAAGGUGAAUAAUAUUCCUGCCAAUUGCUCGAAGUUAUUUACAUUAAAAGCUUAUAAUGAUGGAAUUUGUUGUGCCUUAGGGAGAGGUAAUCUAACUGGAGAACUCACCCUUUUUAUGGAUUCAUCUCAUAUAGAUGAAUAUCCUUUAAAUGGAAAUUUUCCUGGCUUUAGUUUACAUGUUCCAAGUUGGCAGGGUAGAGUUAGUAUCAACCCUGGCGAAAUAGCAGCUGUGGAAAUAGAAGUUAUGGAACUUCAGGGAAAUUCUCAAUUAAACGAGUAUGCCAUAGAAAAGCGAGCUUGUUAUUUUUCUCAAGAGGGUGAAAGUAGGGAAAAGUGCCUUCAUGAGUGUAGAAUAAAAGCCACGUUAAUUAAUUGCCAGUGUGUGCCGUAUCCAUUCGAGUUUAGAACGCAAAAGUUUGGGCAUUGCACUUUGGAGAAUAUAACAUGUCUGCAGUUGGUAGAAAGAAACUGGUCACCAGCUCAAUGUCCGCAAUGUUUGCCGCUCUGCAAUCAACUGUUUUACAGAUUGCACAAACAAAUCCUUGGGCAUUUGCAUCCUUGGAGAAGUGAGUUGAAUUUUAAAUUUAAAACGCCACAUCGACAGCUGUACAAAACAAAUAUACUCUAUCAUUGGUAUCAAAUGCUGUCAAACGUUGGCGGCGUUCUGGGCAUUUGCAUUGGCUGCUCCUUCAUCAGUGGCUUCGAGCUGAUUUACUUUCUGGUCUUUCGCCUGUGGUCCAACUAUCUUCGACAGCCCGAGACUUAAUUAAGUAAAAUGUUGCGCAUACGCCAUGUGGGCAAAUUUGUUGUGAUUUAUCUCGUUGACAACGUGCCAGCGACAGGGUCGCAUUAAUCUUGAUGACUUGAAUUGUAACUGAGGCGAAAUAAACGAGUGAAAAAGAAUGGGGAAACGAAAGGGUGGCACUUGGGAGCCGGAUUGUGGGUGGGGCUUAGCUGGAGUGUGCCGAUCAUCAAGGUUAAGUGGUCUGCUGAGCCCCUUUUCAUCGUCUCAGCUUGUUCGCCAUUCGUCGCCUGGGGGGCCACUUGAUGACUACUGAACGGCAACAAAAAGAUUCACAAAUAUGUCUCUUCUUGUGUAUAUAAACUGGAAAAAAUAUGAAAACAUUGAAAUGCUCUCUAAAAAGAAAAUCUUAUGAAACACAUCUAUGGCAAGCCAAAUGAAUAUAAAAAGCUGAGGAAGGUGCUAAAUAGUGUGCAUAUUUAAAUUUUAAAUAAAUUAUCAUUUCCACUUAAUUUCUCUCAGUGAUAUUGUGCGAGUGUGAAUACCUUUCUUAAGUGCACUUCAGCGUGCGUUUUACUGUAUUGAUUUUUUCCCAGCCAACUUGUCAACUUUUGAAUAAUAAAAUUCUUGUUUCUUUCAUUGCAGGUGAGUUUUCCCAAGAAAAUUGUGCCCAGGUUUUCAAUAGCGUAAGUUUUAUAACGCUUAAGAUUUGAAUUUUCAAAAACAUAGUUAACAGCACAUGUUAAUAAGCUGCUGAGUAACAGGUAAAAGCUUCGAAAGCUUCAUAGAGUAGGAAAAUCAGCUAAGAGCCGUUGCAUUGCAAAAGCUUGAUGGAAAGCUUUUACUUUGGGGUCGUCGGCUGUGUUUAAUAAAGUGUAUUUUUUAUGGCGCUCUGCCGGUUAUCACAAAUCAUGUUCAAUCAAUUGAAAUGGUUAAAUGGUUAAAAAUUCAGGCCAUGAAUUAUCAAAAAUCUGACGCUGAAAAAUGCAAUCUAAGCAUUGCAGUAAAAUCUAGAAGCCGCACACACCCAUUUAAUGGCCUUCUGGGGGCAAAAAACCGUGAGCAAGGCGAACGUCUCCAUUAAUUUUAAAACCGCCAACUUAUCAGGGCAGCGUCAUGGUCCUAAGUGAUUUCCCCGGCUCCGUUGAUUUACGGGGGAAAAGUAGCAACGGAUAUCUGCUCUAUAUUACACACAUAGAGCCACUAAACGCAAGGACAUGCGAUGCCGUGUCCUUCACCUUCCCAUCGCCUCCGAAAAAAGAAAGGAAAAAAUUUAUACAUAAAUAUCUCCGAGCGAAGGAACCUUCGGAAUUCCUUUUAAAGUAUUCCGUAUGCGGCGGUGGCUUGUCCUGACAUUAUUAUUUUUUAUUUUCAUUUUUUUUUACCAGCUGAUGAGUUGUUGAUCAAAGACAUUCCAGGCUGGCUUUUCCGGCUAACGGUUUCGGGGAAAAUUCAAUUCGUGUCGCUUAAUGUGUCACACUACAGUCACUUCGAGUAGUUUGAAGUAACAGGAACUAAUUUGGGAUAUGGGUUAUAAAGGGGAUGUUCUAAAACUAGAUAUAUUGGUUUCUAAAGAGGAAUCGAAUUAUUGAUGUUGGUAUUAGUUGUCAAGAUUUGACUUAAAGCAUUAGGGUAAUAGAAGCGUUUUCAAACACUUUCCCUAUCUAUCGUACAGUAACUGACCUUCAUUCGAGUUAGCCAAAAAGAUAACUUGAAUAAAGAACUGAGCUUAAAAUUAAAAAUUUACGGUGUGCAAAACUUGUUUAAUUUCUUGAGAAGUGGCCAUUGUUACCAUUAGCAGCAUGUGCAAGCGAAUUUCCAAAGGUCUGUGUGUUUGGGCAGACGAACAAAAGUUUUCGUUGCAAACUUGAAAUGAAAUUGGUUCAAAUUAAACAUUUCAAACAGCUUAAACUUGUCCCUCAAAUUGCCUGCCAUUGUUCGACGCCCGACAAACUCCGAUCGGAUGUGGGCCCAAGGACAUUUAGGCAUACCUAAACACAGUCGUCUUCCUUCCCCUUUUUUCUCAGCACAAUCUGAAUCCUGCAUCGACGUGGACUCUGCCUUAUUUGCAUAAUUCUAAUAUGGAACAUUUUUGGCCAUCAGCUCCCUCAACUGUCCACCUACACACACACACAUGCACACGCAUCCUGUGCUGGGAGAUUUGCAUAAAUAAAAGCGUAGUUGUGCCUCCAUGUCGUCCUUGUCAACGUAAAUUACGGCCAUUUGAUUUCGGCAAUUACAACGCAUUUUUGUGCAACAAUUUUCAGUAGACCACCUUGUUUCCCCCUUCCCCGCAUGAUUUAUAUGUCCUUUUUUGUGUCUGGAAGGACUGGACAAUUUCAAUUUAAGCUGCUCUCACUCAGCUUCGACAUGUUGUGUGUUUUCCAAGUUAAUUAUGGGCUUAUCCUUGGACUUGUCUGCAGUCGAGUAUAUUUAUUGUCGCUGUCGUCUGUCUGCAGGAUUUCCUCUGUGAUUUUUUCGCUUUUGUUCGCCAUUGUUCGCGGAUAUUUUCCUGCAACCGAGUCGCAGCAAUUUGGCACUCGUCCCAAAAACAAAAAAGGUAGACAACCUUGGCCAUGAGCAGGACUUUCUAUUUAUCUAUUUAGCCAAGCCAAGUUGCCGACUUGUUUUUCGGUCUAUUUGCAUUUUGCGGGCGGAAAAUGAGAACGAAAAUGAUUAUCAUUUGUUUUCGUUAAGUUGGCUAAAACCAAGCUGUCCAGAGCCAACAAGUUGUGGCAGCUCAUAAAAAUGAAUUACGUCCGCCGGCCCCAAGGAUUCUGUAGUUUAUCUAAGCUAUUCCUCCUGCCUUUUCUAGGACUUUUCCAAGAUUUCCUGGGAUCAGUUUUGCGCAGGGGCGUUAUUCAUAUGUGAGAGAGCAUAUGAGACAGUUUUGUUGUGGCUUUAAAGGAAUGCGAAUUGAAUUUGCUUUUGUAAAUUUAUGUAUGACUAAGCCCGCAUAAUAUGCGCCUGAUUUAAAAGCCACACGAAAUGGGGUAUGUACAGCAUAUGUAUUUACAUAUUUUCCUCAUCAAUUUAUACUGUUGCGGAAGUUAAAACAUGGUCAAACUAUAAAUAUUAAUAACAAAUACCAAAUUUAAUUACAAGCGGGAACAUUUUAGAAACAUUUUUUCAUCCUGCCUAAUACACUCUCAUUAUUUUUCAAAUGAAAUAUUCCAAGUAGCUUGCAAAUUUCAAAUGCUCCUUGGGCUAACGACUAUAAUCGCUUCGUUCGAUUACGAAAAAUAAUUCAAAAUAAUUUGUAUUGAUUUUGCUGGAGAGUCCUUCCCGAUUUGUUCCCUAACGACUAUUUUGCCUGCAUAAAUGCGUCCUUUGCGAUUUACAUGAUUUGCUCUGCCGACUUUCCAAUCCGCUUUUCCGGCUUUCCCUCAUUGUGUAAGUCCCGCAGUCUUAUGCAAAUGCUUCUGGGUGGGAGGACGAGUCCCCUCAAUCGAGGAGUAGGCGGCAUCCCUGUCGUCCUGGCCGUUCAAUCAAAGUUGACAUUGCCUGGCGGGAACAUCCUGGAUCCAGGACUCGGGAUUCAUCCCUGUCAUUGUCAUUCGUUGUGUCGAGUGUGGGCGCUUUAAAGCGAUUUUAUUUAUGCAACGGCAUGUGCUCACUGAGCUCAGUUCUUAACCGAGUUUGGCAUGCAAAUUUUGCACGUGCCCUCGUCUCUGUGUGCAUUUAAUUAUUAAAAUUUAAUUUGGCCAAUUCUCUGGCUGCUUCUGCCGCUUCUUUCCAACCCAAAAAUCAAGCUGUGGAAACCACUCUAAAAUUGGGGACACCGUUCCAGUUCCUUUGCCUACGGAGCAAACAACCUGUUUGCAUCCUCGAAAGGAAAAAAGAAAUAUAAAUUAUGGCCCGGAAUAGUUUUUUUUUAGAGCAGAAUGGCACAUCAUUGUUAUUCCUGUUGCUCUUCUCUUUUUGCUGAUAAAUUUUUGAUAACUUGCGUCACUCGCAUUUUUAAUGCAAAAGGGAGCAUUUUCAUUGUCGAAAGAGAGCACGGGAAAAUUUUAAGAGAGCCAAAAGCUUUUCGAUUUUCCCAGCACGUGCCGUUUUGUCGGCAAAAAGCGAAUUCAAGUUCAAGUCACACAACAUUGAAAGCCAAGUUCACAGGCUCCAAGGCUCCCUCGCCCUCUCUCUUUCUAUUCGUGUUGUGCUCUCUCUUUCCCUGACGCUGACUAUGUAUUUUUGUGAUUAUGUAAGCAAUUUCUGUGUAGCGUUCUGCUAUUUGUCCUUUAUUGUUUUUUUUGCCUAAAUAACUGCAGCGUUCCAUUUAAAAAUUUGUAUAAAUAUUUCAAAAAUCUAACUUUCUAACGAGGGGUCAUUAAAAAAUUAAAAAAAAGUUUUCCUUGCAUUCCAAUUUUGCAUAUGCCAUCUGUUGAAUAGUUUAAAGAGUUUAUUAAAUCAAGAAUUUAAAAAAAAAAAAACAAUAGCAAAGGUGUUUUCCAAUAUUUUAAAGCCGACCCAAACUACAAUUUUUUUUAGCCAACAGUUGUUUAUCUUCGUUGUCCUUAUUUUUUUUUGCGGCCCAAAAAUUUCAAUUGCAUUUUCUGCUAUUUAUUUUUCAUUUUCCUUGGCAUUUUGCUCGAUGCUGGCAGCCGUCCUUUUUGUGAUUCCUCACCAGAUAUCUGUUGUUUGUUGUGUUUUUCCUUUUGGCCUUCUUUUGGCCGCUUUUCCCCUUUACCCCUCUUGUCAAUGAGCCCAACAAAGCGGAAGGACUCCCGCCGCCAUAGUUUCCCCGUCUCUUUCUUUGUUCCAGCUGGCUGUCUCUUUCGGCCCACCUCUACCCGUCCCUUUCCCCGUUCUUGGCAUUCAUUGCGUGGCUGUCUCACAUAUCUCAGCUUCUAAAGCAUAGAUUGCCUGGCUGUAGCAGCCAUAAACUCGUGUAAACUUGUGUUUUCUAUACUAACUAGUUGACAUUGGUUUGAUUUGCCCAUAUUUUUGCGAAUUGUGGCGCAGUCUUUUCCUUGUUGCGCAUUCGAGAUGAAGUCGGAUUUUCCCCUCUGGGGACCUUCGACGUGGUCCUGGCCUUGAUUAGCUUUCGGUUUCGCCCUGGAGAUUCUGGGAAUUUCAAUUCAAAUCACUUUGGCACUGGUUUAUAUUUAGACCCAAUCUUUAACCUUGUGGGCACGGGCGCAGGCACACUUCCUUUUCCGCGUGUCACUAUUGUGGAUUGUGGGUUUUUGCCCCUCAUAGCCAGAUGACAAUGAUGGAGCCUGGCAUUGAUGGUGAAAGAACCAAAGGGACAGGGACGAGCAGAAGGACACUGCCAAGGACGCACCAGGAAACGAGUAAGGCGACGCUCAUUGGCAUCCAGUUAUUACUUUGAAGUGUUUGCUCAUCAACGCGAAAGUUAUCUCUGCGUCACUUUUCCGCAACUUCCCUGUUUCCUGUUGAAUCAAACUACGACUCAAAUGCACCUGAUAGCAAAUUUUAUAUAAAAUUGGAGCUAUCUGAUAUCUCAUAGUAUACAUUUAAAAAAGUAAUGGAAAAAUAUCGAUCAUAUGCAUAUGGUACAUUAUUUAUUAAGAUUAUUAAGCACGAUGAUGAUAUAUUUGGAAAUAUUAAAUUCAACUUUAGUGUUUAAUUCUUAAUUGAUGGACAUGCCCUACAGUUAAGUCUAUUUCGUUGCCUGUUAAUGACUUGGACUUGGGCUCUUUUAAUUUGCUGCUUGUCUACCGCAUGCCAUUCGGCAUUAAUUUGCUACAGCCUCCUUUUUUCCCGUACUUUUCACUUUCCGGCUCAUUUUUGCCCUCUUUUACUUAAUUACAAUAAUUCAUCAACUUGUUUUCGUUCUAUGGAAAUCCAGCCACGCUUCAUGUUGAUUAAAUUCAUGGUCCCAUUGUUUGCGCCUUUUUAAGAGAUGGGGGGAAACUGGGGAUACUAAAUGCUGAAAUUCUGUUACAUUAUUUGGUUUGGUUUAUGGUUUUCCUUCGGUUGCAUGUGCAACAGGCAAAGAGCAGCAUAAGUAUAUGGCCCUGACCAUGGCAACUGCAGCAUUGACGCACACGAAAACCCCCUCGUUCUGCAUUUUCCAUUUUCCUUGCUGGCUAGCCGCAAAACUCCUGCCUGAUGAUUUCAAUCAGACUGUGGGCGUGCAUUAAUGAAGGGGAAAAUGGAAAAGGCAGCAAGGAAAAUGGGGUGUGGGCAGGACAACAGGCUUCGAGCCGGGGCAACAAACAUGGCAUAAACAAAACACACGCACACACUGCCAGAAUAAUAGCCAAUGAGAGCGGGAAAGAGAAAAUGCAGCGCGCGUAGGAAAAGAGCUUUUCCUGGCCAAGAGAAAAUGGCACAGCUUUUCCUGCUCUUGGCAGUGAUGCUUACGUACAUCUUCUCUAGCCUUUAA